GGCAAUGAAAGAGCAGUUCUAAAACAGGUCGCGAUCGGACACAUACUAUAGAAAUAUUAACCCAUUACUAAACUUGAAUUAACAUAAUGGAACGUUGGCUAAAUCGUGUUGCUGUCGUCACGGGAGCUAGCUCUGGAAUUGGAGCUGCCUGUUGUAAGGAUUUGGUAGCCAAAGGUCUGAUCGUAGUGGGUGUUGCUCGUCGGGAAGAGCGCCUUAAAGAGCUUAAGGAUUCAUUGCCAGCGGAUCAGGCCAGUCGCUUCCAUGGACGCAAGUGCGAUGUCAGCAAGGAGCAGGAUGUGAUCGAUACUUUUGCCUGGAUUGAUGCCACCUUGGGUGGUGCUGAUGUUCUGGUUAACAAUGCCGGUAUUGUUCGUACCGGCGUUGCUAUCACCAAGGAGGGCAACACUGAUGAUCUUCGUGCCAUCCUUGAUACCAAUGUCCUGGGCGUCUCCUGGUGUACUCGCGAGGCUUUCAAGUCGCUGCAAAAACGCAAUGUCAACGAUGGACACAUCUUGAUUGUUAACAGUGUAGCUGGUCAUCGAGUGCCCUAUAUUCCUGGCUUCACCAUGGGCAUGUACUCGCCCUCAAAGUUUGCCAUCACUGGCCUGACGGAGGUGCUGCGUCAGGAGUUCCUCAACAGCAAGACCCAGACCAAGAUAACGAGCAUCAGUCCUGGUGCUGUGGACACGGAGAUCAUCGACAAGGCCGCCCUUGUCCAUUUCCCCGACUUGCCAUUGCUCCGUUCUGAGGAUGUGGCCGAUGCCAUUAGCUACUGCAUCCAGACCCCGCCCAAUGUUCAGAUCCAUGAGCUGACCAUCAAGCCCGUGGGCGAGACCAUCUAAGCGUCUUGGUUUUGACUGUAUUUUUGUAUUUAGUUUUAGCCACAAUUUUAUAAUAUUAAAUGCAUUUUGCGAUCUAUUAA